UGGCUUCCCGCGGUUUCGGUUGCAUGUUGCAUCUGAUGCCUGAGGAACACGAAAACAUCCGCCUCAACCGCGGCGUUUGUUUUCUGAAAAACGCCUGAUCCUGAUGAUCCUGCCCAAUCCUGCCCUGCCAGGAUACAUGCGUUCGCUGGGCUUGGAGGAACUCAAGUUCAACGAUGAGGCCUCAAACCUGCUGGCCGCCUUAGCAGAUGCCUUGAGCCAGUUGUUGUCUGCCGCGCGAGAAGGGAAGAAGGAGGUGCAGCUUGGUCCCUAUCAGGUACGUUGCACCAGGAAGCCGAAAGUCUUCUUCUUCGUGCUGCCUGCAUCUUUGCCCAAGAGCCUGGUGCUGGAGCUGAGGCCCAUCGCGGUGGCAGAACCACCCAAGGCGAGGAUCGUCCAGGUCCUUCUGGAGUUGGAAGGCUUCGACGCCCAGGCCUCCGAGAAGCUGGCGACGGGACUCCUGGCCAGAGCAGACGACAUCGUCAACAAUGGCGCAGUUGGGCAGAAGUACACCAGUUGUGGUUUGCAGCGCUUGCGUGUGGCCAUUGCAGCUGCGGGUGAGGCGCUCCGCCGGGAGGAGGGAAUGUCCGGAGUGGUGCUGGCAGCUGCCGCAGCCCUGGUGCCUGGUGAAGGUAGUUCCCAUCGUCGCAGCUGGCUAGGUCCCAGUGGCAAUCCCGUACUGGCGGAACAAAGCAAACUCUUAAGCGAGCUGGCUGUUGCUGAGGAAGACGUUUCGGGGCAGCACGCAGAGGACGCAUGGCAAGCUGACACCGACCAGUUUGUGCAGCGUGUGGAGGCCUUUUGUACGACUUCCGGUCUUUCUCCUGGCAAGAAGACUCAGCUCAAACACCGUGAGGUUCUGCACGUGGCAUUGGCUGCUUUGGAGGUCUUUCAGCACAUCAACAAAGGACAUGCCACAGUGCUGCUAGGUCCCGCCUGUUGUGGCAAGUCUGUGGUGCUCAAGGCGGUUCAAGCUGCUGGUCACUGUCCUGGCACCAUCGAGACGUCCAAGCCACAGCUUUGCCUUUGGUACCUCUAUCCACAGGCUUUGGCCGAUGAUCAAGGCGAGGGUUGUGGCUUUGACCAGAUGCUGCCAUGCUUGCUCGAGACCAUCACCCAGCGACAUGCGAACACUCACGCGGAACUGGCGACGGAACAAGAGGGUGAGCCACUGCGCCAGAGUCGAGUGCAAGACUUGAUUGUUUUUGAUGGCGAGAUGGACGAGACCUGGAUGGAGCAAGUUUGGCCACUGGUGCAGAAGAGGCAGAUGCUCACCUCGGGGCGGAGCAUGGCGUUGCCAUCUUCUGCCGAGCUGAUUUUCGAGACUCGACGCUUGGACCGGGCGUCGCCGAGCUUCUGCGCGAGCUGUGCACUGUGCCCCUUGGAGGACACGGUGGGCAUCAAGGAGCUUCUGGAGGCCUUUGGGGAGCGCAUCGCCAAGGGCUUUGCCGGCCGAGCCGCCCGGCUCCACUCCAGGAUCUUGUUGGCCUGGCUCUCACGGCUGGCCUCCAACAUUCAAGAGGAUCUGAGAGGUGUGGAUGAGAGCAUGAAUGAGAUGGUCACCGCGCAGCAGUUGUUGCACCUCCUGGAGGUCACCUGGCGGACGGUCUUGCCGAUGGACUUGGAGGCGAACGACGAUGGUGAAGAGCUUUGGGAGAGUGAGAUCACGCUGCUAGAGGUGUGGUCCAUCUACUGUGCUGCUUGGGUGCUUGGAGGUCCUUUGGACACCUCUCUGCGCAGGAGGCUUGGGUCCUGGCUUCUACAGAAAUCGGAAGGUGCCAAUGGUCUUCCUCAUGGCCUUGCAGCACUCCAGCAAGUCCGUGAAGACCCGGAGAACCUUUGGAAGUUCCGCAUUGUGAGCAACGCUGCUGCGCUCACAGGCCUCCGGGAGGUGACUGGAAGCACCACGGUGAAGUUACUCUGGGAGGUCUUGCCCGACCCGCAGGAGCUUGACGCGCACCACCUCUACGUGCCAAAUGAGGAGAGCGAGGCGAUUCGACUCUUGGUGCGGCACCAGGUGCGCGUGGAGUGCGGCUUGGGAUUUCGGCUGUUUGGUCCAUCAUCUGGGAAGUCGGCGCUGGGAGAACACCUGGUGCUCUCGCGGACCCACACGUCGCGAUGCACCUUCGAGCUCCUGCGAUGCCCGCAUCAAAUCUCUGCUGCAGGUUUUGCGGGAUUCGUCCAGGAGAAGAUGCCCAGGAAAGGCUCCAGGACCCUGAGCUCCUUGCCAGUGAAGACAUGCAUUGUGGUCGAUGACGUUCAUUUGGGCAGCCUUGGCAUGCGAGAACAGCUGCGCCAGGUUCUUGAUCGUGGACAUGUGACUGCUGCUCCAAGUCAAGAAGGUGGCGCUUGGCGGGCACCGGGCUUGUGGCUCGGUGCCAUCGAUCGAGAUGCUGGAAACACAGGUGAACGAUGGCUACGACACGCUCUAGCCUUGAGGCAUCCGGACCUCAGCGAGAGGUCUUUGAUAGAAGUGUGUACCAGAUUCGUUCUCCGAUGGUCCGUCCAAGUUCCCUCAGAAGAAGCACGUCUCAUGCUGAUCUCCCAGAGCUUCCCCGACCGGGUCGUCCAGGUGGUCCUGGAGGCGUCCAGCUCCUUCCACCGGUCCUCACCUUUCGCAGCGCGCUCGCCCUUGCUGGACCUGAAGCGUUGGUUUCACAGCGUGGCCCAUGGAGGAGCCAAGUCGAUGACUUCGCCUGGAACGCUCCAGCGCAUGGUGUGGCAUGAAGGAAUGCGGCAACUGGGCGACUGCUUGCCCAGUUUGGAGGAUCGUGGCAAGCUGCGGCAGAUCCUGGAGGAUGCGGGCUUGCUUUUGUCUGAGCAUGCAGAGGACCCAUGCUUCUUGGACAACGGUGAAUAUUUGGACUUGAAGGACCCGGCAUCCGCUCAAAGCGCGCUCAGAAGGAUGCUGGCGGGUGUCCUCAACACCUUUGGCAUGCCCCUGGUCUUUUUCCAGGAGAUGGCCCUGGCGGUGCUGUCGACCACGAGGGCGAUUCAAUGUGCGAUGCCCUCGGAGCCUGCGGGCGCCUUGCUGCUGGGAUGGCCGCACAGUGGACGCAAGACCUGUGCUCAGGUGGCCAUUCAACUGGCACAUGCCACGGCACGGUGUGCGCACGCGGAGGAGGUGCACCGUCUUCGCGACGACAUCCAGCAGUUCCGUGCGACGAAAAGCGGAAUGGGCUUGCAAUGCUUGGGCUUGAUUGCUCAGGAACUGCUCAUGGCAGAUGGAAGCGCUGUGCUGGAGGACAUCGACGACCUCGUGCGUGGGGCCACACCGAUCCAGGUGCCCAAGAGGCUGCAGUCGAGUGAGGGCGUCGAUGCGGUGGCAGAACAUCCAGGGACACGGCUCCGCGGAGAGGAGCGACCGGAGAAGUUCGGCGGAGCCACACGUUUGGCGUUCCUUCUGUGUGUGUCACCCACUUCGAAGCCUGAAUGGUUUCGAUCGCAAGUGGAGAAGUUUCCUUCCUUAGGCUCCAAGAUCAGUCCCGUGUGGAUACAACCCUGGAGCGAGGAUGCCUUGGUGGAGGUGGCACAGACCUCUUUGAUGUGGGAGAUCAGUGAAGGAACUCACACGACCCAGGACAUCGCUGAGAGCAUGGAAGUGGUCGCUGCGCAGAUGGCGGCCUCCGUCUCAGGUGCUGGCCAUGCACUCUCAGGUGGUGCAGGCCAAUACAUCUCAGCAGUCCUAGCGGCUCGGCAGUUCUUCAAAGAGCAACAGGCCUCAGCGGAGUUCGGGAUGGUGGAACUGCUGAUGAAAGAGUCUGACAACAUGGUCUUGGAAUUCGUCAAGGAGAUCGAGGAGUACGCAGCCCGAAACAUGGAGGCAGAAGAUGGUGGAGCAGAGCCCACUCUGUCGGCAGAGGCAAGGGAAGGUGGUGCCGUCGAAGACAGCGUCGAGUGUGAGACUGAGCCGUGAUGUCAAAAGGGAUCAAAAGGGAAGAUCUACUACCAUGGAACACGA